AUGCACACAGGAAGCUGGAAAAAACCCAGCGAGAGAAGGAAUGAUCAGAAAAGCAAAAGCAACCAUGAGGAACAACAGCAACACAGCAAGGAAAAAGAUGAGCAGAAGGAAGAAGACGACGACUCACUUCCUCUAAUGGCGUUGAACCACGUGUCUAGGCUGUGCAGAAAUGUGGAGGAGUCGGUGGAUUUCUACACCAAAGUGUUAGGGUUUGUGAAAAUUGAGAGGCCGCCAGCUUUUGAUUUUGAUGGGGCUUGGUUGUUUAAUUAUGGAGUUGGGAUUCACUUGGUGCAGUCUGAGGAUGAGGAGAGGCUUCCACAUAAUCCAGAUCACUUGGAUCCCAUGGACAACCAUAUCUCCUCCCAGUGCGAAGACAUGGAAGCCGUAGAGCGGAAGUUGAAGGAGCUUGAUAUAAAGUACAUGAAAAAAGCAGUAGAGGAUGAUGAAAACGGAACAAAAAUCGACCAACUCUUCUUCAACGUUCCAGAUGGAUUCAUGGUUGAGAUGUGCAACUGUGAGAAUCUCAAGCUUGUUCCUGCAGGUUCGUUGGGCAAAAUAAAGCUCCCAGUUGACAGGCAUACUCCGCCUGUUGAACUCAACCAAAAUGGCAACGGAAAUGACGACGAUGCUAAAGACUUAACAUCAUAUGCAUGCUAA